GCACAUCAGCUGUGUUCCAGAGGAUAUGGAUGUUGGGUGGACUCUGUUCCCAGCCCUGUAGUGGGAUUGAUAGGAAAUGAGCUCAGGAAAACAUCACAUUUCUCAAAAGGAUCAGAGUUCAUAUGCAGAUUUCCGCUGUGAAGGGGCUGCAAGUAGAUAGUGAAGGGAGAUUUACCUUACAGGAUUACAAGAUCAGCUCCUGUACAUUGCUGAAGAUUGCACAGGGACAUAUAUUAAUAACACUGAUAUCAUUCUUAUUUAUAAUCAUAAAUGAGCAUUGCUGAUUGAUCUGUACUGGAGACAUCAUUGCAAGGACUGGGUUGUUAUCUCAUUGUUGGAGGGACUGGAGUUUUCUCAGAAAGUCGUCUGAACAGUAAGAAGAAAAUGAAAAUGAUGCCCUCCAGACAUAUUGUCAUGGGAGCUGCAAUGAUGCUGGCGCUGUGUGUGGCAACAUUCUGUAUGUAUAGCCUGAAUUACACGUAUAAUUUCGGAGAAAAGACGGACCGCCCACAGAAUUUGGAUGCCUGUUUACAGAAAGUAGACGUCUGCUCACAGAACGUGAAUGACAAGACCGUAGAAUUGGCGCAUUGUGAGAGGAAAAUACAUCUGGAUGAUAUAAAGGGAAGGAAAGCUGGUCUAAACGCCAUUACUCCCUGGCUUGCUCCAAUCAUCUGGGAUGGACUAUAUGAUUUAAACAUUUUAAAUGAACAACACAAGGACACCAGGAUUGGACUGUUUGUAUUUGCUGUCAAAAAGUACAUUGUAUUUCUUGGUCCAUUCCUGGAAUCAGCAGAACGUUUCUUCAUGGUUGGCCACAAUGUUACGUAUUAUGUUUUCACUGACAAAGUUGGUGAUGUAGUUCAAACCAAAAUGGGUGAAGGUCGCAAUCUGCAGUUGCAUGAAGUGUCUGCUGACAAGCGAUGGCAAGAUGUGUCCAUGCGACGAAUGGAAAUCCUGACCGCCAUGACAAAGGAGCGGAUGCCAAAUGAGAUUGACUACUUGGUAUGUGCUGAUGUGGACAUGGUCUUUAAUGACCAUAUGGGAGUGGAAAUCCUUAGUGAACGAUUCGCCACGCUGCAUCCAGUAUUUUUCCUUUCUGAUCUCCAAGCAUUUACAUACGAGCGGCGGCCCAUUUCUGCAGCAUAUGUACCCUUUGGUAAAGGGGACUUCUAUUACAUGGCAGCAUUAUAUGGUGGGAAGGUGGAAGAAAUUCACAAGCUUAGCACAGCUUGCCAGAAUGGGAUCAAGGAGGACAAGAAAAAGAACAUUGAAGCCAUUUGGCAAGAGGAGUCCCAUCUCAACAGAUAUUUGGUAUACAAUAAACCUACCAAAGUACUUUCCCCAGAAUAUAUUUGGGACACAGAUUUGCCCAAUGGUGAAUUAAUAAAAAGGAGGAGAUUCUUAGCAGUACAUAAAAACCAUGAGGAAGUAAGAAACUAAAAUGUUCUGAUCAAUUCACAAGUAUAAUAAUUUAUUACCAUUCUCCAAAAUGAGAAUGAGGACCUUGGGGAUCAAGGGACAUCGCCUUUUUGUAUUCGUGAUAAUUCACAGUUCACUUUGAUCAUAAAGUAAUAUGUUGUUUUUUUUUGUUGUUUUUUUAUGUGGAAAUGUGGAAUUGUUUUUGCAGAUUGUAGCAGGAUAAAACUGAUCUCUGCCAAAUAAAAUGUAUUGGAUAGUU